GCCACGAAAUCGGCCCGAGCUGACUCCGCCCCUCAAACUCAGUGGAUGUGGAUGCCAGAAAAAGGCCAGCAACAGAGUGACAGACAUCGCCGCUCCGCUCAGCGUAGUAGUGGAUAUCUCCUCUGUAUACGGCGAGCAGAGGCGAGCCAAAACGAGCCGCAUGCUUGCUGUGCAACAAGGCGAACAGGAGCAAAAUGGACCACCGGACAGAAGCACCAGUACCAGCAUCCUGCGGGGACCGAUACAGUGUUUAGGGUUCUGUUAUAUCCUGGAGGACACAUGGUCAUGAAGCAAUAGAAGUACCAGUUGAGGCCCUCCAGCUGACCUCUGGUCUAAGUCCUGGCCGUGGGCCUUUGUUGUUGGUGGGCCAGCUGAACAGGCGUGUAUGUGAGGGAGAGGUAAUGAAGUCCAGGAUGAGGCAGUGGCGGAGGCUAGUUCUGGUGGGAAUGCUGGCCUGGGUUCUCCUCUUCCUAGCCCUCCUCUCUUACUUUCUGGAUGCUCGUGUGAAUGAACCCCUGACCUCUGUUGGCUCUUUACUCUCCCAGCACCCUGACAGCCGUCGCCUAGCUUCCAUACAGGCCUCCCAUCAACAACGUGCCAACCUGGGCUCGCGACCUGAGGUGGUUUCCACCUUAACAACAACCACCUACCCUGGAGAUAAGCCAGAUCCGGAGCCUUUUGCCAGCUCCACAACCCCAGAGCUCAGCCUGGAGGUGAGCCACAGCCCCAACAGUGCUCCCUACGCCAUUUAUGGUAGCCAGGAGAACAACCACCAGGACUACCUGGACCCACAGAGCCUGGCUGCCUGGUCCUCCUUUGGUACAGAAAAUGUAGGUUCUCACUCUGACCCUUCAGUCCAGAGUCGUGAGAGAACUUUCCAGACAGAGUACCAGAACCACUUCAGCACCACACACGACCACGGUGGGGGGGAAGAAGAAGAUGAGAGGGACAAUGAAGAUGAAGAACUAGAAAACAGAAUAAGGGUUACAGGAGGGAGGAGGCUUGGUGGUGACUCCUCUGAUCUGGAUGAAUAUUACUUCUCCAAGUCUGCCUCUGUAGUGCAGAGGUUGUGGCGGGGUCGUGUGUCCGCCGGCAUGCUGAGUCCUCGGCUGCAGCGUGCCAUGAAGGACUACGUUAGUGCCAACAAACACCAUGUUUUUUACGAGGGGCAUCGCAGUCCUGCCCAGAAUGCUAAGGAGCUGCUGUGUCAAAUGAAAUCCCAGGCCCAGCUCAGGACAGUGGACGGGUCAGAGCAGCCCUUCUCUUCACUUGGUUGGGCUCGUCUUGUGCCGUCUCUUCCCCUAAAGCGACUGCACAGGCGGGGAGACCAGAGUAGCUUCAAGACCUGCGCAGUGGUCACAUCAGCGGGUGCCAUCCUGCGCUCAGGACUGGGUAAAGAGAUCGAUACUCAUGAUGCAGUUUUACGAUUCAACGCUGCACCCACAGCGGGAUAUGAGAGAGACGUGGGCAACAAAACCACCAUCCGCAUCAUCAACUCACAGAUUUUGGCCAACCCUAAGCAUCGCUUCAACACAAGCUCAAUCUACAAGAAUGUAACUCUGGUGGCCUGGGAUCCUGCACCUUACACUGUUAAUUUACACAAGUGGUAUGCCAGUCCGGACUACAACCUGUUUGGUCCGUACACUGAGCACCGCAAGCUGCAUCCCGGCCAGCCUUUCUACAUCCUUCACCCAAGCUAUGUGUGGCGACUCUGGGAUGUGAUACAGGGCAACACUCAGGAGAAUAUCCAGCCCAAUCCCCCCUCUUCUGGCUUCAUAGGCAUCCUCCUGAUGAUGGCGCUAUGCGAGCAGGUGCAUGUGUACGAGUACAUUCCCUCCAUGAGGCAGACAGACCUGUGCCAUUACCAUGAGCGUUAUUAUGAUGCUGCCUGUACACUGGGUGCCUACCAUCCCCUCCUGUACGAGAAGAGCCUGAUCCAGCGGAUCAACACCGGCCCCGAGAGUGACCUCAGGAGAAAGGGACGGGUCACUCUUCCGGGUUUCAGCACCGUCAACUGUGAAAUCUGAGAUAUUAAACCUGACCCCUCUGAGCCUGAACAUACACACACACUCCAGCCUUUUCUGGCUGACUAAGGGAGAGGUGCAAUAAAGCCACUGGCGACAUUGAGGCUGGAGCUUACAAGAUUUACAGUAGACCGAUGAAGAACAUAAGCCAUAGCCCUCCAGGGAGGGAUCUUCGUGGAGACUUCUGAAAGAAUGUUUCUUCGUUUAAAAUGGUUUACUAGGCCAGAGACUGGCAGGUAGAGUCUCAAAGAUGAAGCUGAAAAAGACGUUUCUCUCUGCUUUAGCUGAGCCACGUUAGCUGUGGAGCUGACUGGGGUAGCAACAGAUAGUGUUUUAGAUAGACAAGUGAAUUUUCAAUAACUGGGUAUGUGUCAAUGGUGUAUACUGUUUUUCAAUAGUAUGGGUGGUUCUCCACUUGAAGGAAAUGCCACGGUUUAUUACGUGGAUACUUGUGAUUUUUCUUUUUUUUUUUACUGGUCCAAAGGGUUGUGUAUAAGCAAAGAAGUCAUCCACGCUGAAUGUCAUAAAUGCAACAUACACUCACAAAUAUACAAACAUUCACACUUACAUAGAGAAGCAUUUCAUGCAGAAGAUUGCAUAGUGUAAAAAUACGGUUUUGGUGUCUUCACAGAUACAAUGUCAAGGUGUCACACCAGUCAUAUUACUCUCUGCAGCAGGUGUUGCCGUUUGACAUUCCUCUAUCUUCUUGUGAAAUCCAACAUUUUUGUGCGGUCACAAAUGGUUUGUUUCACACUUAUAAGAUCUAUUAAAUUACCUUCCUGUGCAUGCCAACUUGCCAGCUCACAACCACCUGUAUGUCGCUCCUUGUUCACACUUAAAUGAUUACUCAUUCAGAGUCUAGAAGCCUGUCUCUCAGUUACUAGCCCACAGGAAGGAUGGCACUGGUUGCCCUUUGUGGAUUCAUCCUACCAAUAGUAACAUUUUUAUUUUUUUUUACUGACAGCGUCAUUAAAUCAAAGUGAGUGGGGCCUAAAUAGAUCUUCAGAACAAACUGGUGCUCAGAACAGCUGUAACUCUGUGCCUAGAGGUCGACUUAAAACGUUCCUAGGGUUGCCUUGUGACUGUUCAGGUACAUGCAUCAAAUACUGUAGCAGGACACAGGUGGGGAGCAGUGGAUAUUGCAAUGUCAGUGAGCUGUAUCAGGGGAUUCAGUUCACUCUUUAUUGAAUGUAAUUUUCCCACUACGUGUAAUGCCCAAACCCUCCCUGAAGCUCACCAAUGCAGUACAGUAUGGUCUGCGCAUGUGCAGGGUUAUUUCUUUAUCAUGUAACAGCAUAUAGCUCAUUUUCUGCAACUAUUAAUGUCUCAUAUUUGCUGAAAUCUUUAAUAUUGGUCUGUGACCUUUCACUGCUCAGAGUAGAGACAAUAAUAAAAGAGGAACUUGAACUGGUAAUAUUAGCAGAUUUGCUUUGUCUCCAACUAUGAUGCUUUUUAUGAUUACAUUCAGUCAGUGUCACAUCUUCAGCAAGCUCUAGAGGUAUUAGUUUAGCGUGGAGAGGGAGAUUGGUGGUGAUUUUUUUUGCUGCUUGUCAGAAAAAUCUUGCCUUUAACAGAGUUAUAUUGCUAAGUGUGUUAUUCAAAAUGUUCUUGUGCCAUUGGUUGUGGUUUGAUAUAAGAUGUGAAAACAUGUCUCAGAAAUGUUGCUUUGAAUAGUCUGAUGUAUGCUGAAUUAGAUGGCUCUGUAGUAGUUCAAUGUAGAUGAUUCUGGGGCUUAACAUUACUUGAUAUUAAGUAGGGCUGGGUAUCAUCCAAAAUGUGUCAGUAGUACUACAAAAACACAGUACAGUGCUGAUACCGAACGAUGCAUUUACAAAACACUCUUUUUAUAACUCAGGCAACCCCUGAUCAAAGAAUAGACAAAACACCACAACAAGUUUUUGGUGGGGUUGGGCGAUGUAGAUAAAAAAACCUCUAUUAUGGUAUUUUAUUUUGCAACAGUGACUGUUUAUCGAGAUAUUCUCUGGAAAUUAUGUUGAAAAACUACACUGUUGUUUAUUACAGUAGUGAGACUUUGCUAAAACUAAAUCUAGUAAAUAAAUAUAAAUUCAUUAAAUAAAUCGCAGUGGACAAAAUAUUAAAAACACUUAUCUGAUAUAUAACUAUAAUGCAGUAAACUAAACAGCACCACAAACUACAUCCUAUAAAUUGACCAUACAACUGAAUCAACAUCUCUCUAAAACAGGAUUUAUUGCAGAGCUGUAGUUAAUUAGACAGCAUUACUUUUAGCUAGUUGGAAAACUGUAUACAUUUUGAAAAAAUAACCUGAUGGGAAUGACUAAUUUAAUAAAUUACAUACAGGACAACGGUAUUUCAUCAUAUUGAUGUAAACUGCUGUAAAUCUAAUAUUGCCACAAAGCAGUUCCCCUCAUUGAUUUGCAGCUGCCUUAGUAGGAAUUGUAUAGAAAUAUCUUAAUUUAAUGGACGCAUUUUGAAUACAAAAACGUAGUGAAGUUUGAUACCCAGCCCCAGUUUCAGGUGUAUUGUCUGGCAUGUCAUUAGAAGAUUCUUGGAACAAGGAACCUGGUAAAAACUGGGAGAUGACUGUAACAGAGGUUAAAAAAACGUGACUAUAGAAACCAUUUUUGAAGCUUAAGGAGAUUUAUCAAUUAUUUUGGAUCAUGCAGGUUUUCAGCUCUGCUGUAGGUUUUAUGUUUCUCUGUUGAGAUAAAUAAUCAAAUGUUUUACUUGUGAUUGUAACACACUGAAGGUGAAAACACCCUGAACCCAUUAUGUACAUGUAUAUUUCUAAUAACUUGGAUUACUUUCCAAUGCACAGAGCAUGCAAAUCAGGAUCAGGGGUUAGAGUCUUAAACUGUCCGUGCUGUACUGUGCUGCAAGUAGACACCAUUGUCAUUAAUGUUAAUGUUAAAUUAAUGUUUUUUUCUUCUUUUUUUUCCUCAAGUGUUGUUUUGCAGAUUUUAGUGCAUGUUUGUGGACUGGAAAUCACAUUCAGCAGUGGUGCAGCUGUAAGUAGUUCCCUGGGAGAACUUGAUUUAAUGCUAGGCAUUCUGGCAACUUCGUCUUCACAUCUUAAUAUUGUGCCAAAUUCAGUUUUUAAAUAUGUCUUAGCGGACUCUAAGUAAUAGCAGGACUUAUAAGGUGCUACUGUUUCUCUCUGGAAUGUUUGAAGGUAGGAUUUAAUGGAAAUUUUAAUUCUCUUUAAGAUAACAUUUUAAUGCCAGGAUUAUAUACAGGUUAUUGUGUUAAACGUGAGUGGUGAGAUUAGAGAAAAAUCCAUGAGAAAUGUGCAGCCACUGUUUAUUACGUUUUUCCCUCUCAGCCUCUUUCUUUCCGCUCUUUACUCCCGAGGCCUAGUUUUCAUGCCAUGUUUUUACUCAGUAUUGUGGGAAUUUCUGCACCACACUGCUUCUCAAGGAUUGUUGAACAUUUUAAGUUUUUUUGGACAUUUCCCUCCUGCAGCUUCAUGCAGUACUCAUGAAAAGAGGAAGAGAAAAAAAUGCAUCCAUAGCUGAACAUAAUAAGAGAGAAAGUCCUGUUUUUACUCCCAACGGCCUUAGGGUGUUUUUCUGGACUUUGAUUUGACAGUGAAAACUCUUACACUUGAAUUGAUAUUUAAAUAGACCAUUUGUAUAAUUUCAGCUGUUGUAAUUUGUCUUUUUUUACUGUGUAAAUAAAGCUGUCGUACAUGUCAAACGGUC